CUGACUGCGAACCCAGGCGAGUCCUAAGCCAGGGCAAUCUGCGCCUGCGCCCGCGCCCGCCACCCCGGCGGGCCCCCGGGGUUCCAGGUUCGGGCUUCGAGCUCGAGCUCUCCAUGUCCGAGCGUUCCAUGGGCCAGCGGCUCGGGUCACGAUGACGGAUUACAGCGAGGAGCAGCGCAACGAGCUGGAGGCUCUGGAGUCCAUCUACCCGGACUCCUUCACAGUAUUAUCAGAAAAUCCAACCAGUUUCACAAUUACUGUGACAUCUGAAGCAGGAGAAAAUGAUGAAACUGUCCAGACAACCCUUAAGUUUACUUAUGGAGAAAAGUAUCCAGAUGAAAUGCCUCGUUAUGAAAUAUUCUCCCAGGAAAACCUAGAAGAUAAUGAUGUCUCAGAUAUAUUAAAAUUAUUAGAGUUACAAGCAGAAGAAAACCUUGGUAUGGUUAUGAUCUUCACCCUAGUAUCAGCUGUUCAAGAAAAACUAAAUGAAAUUGUAGAUCAAAUCAAAACUAGAAGAGAAGAAGAAAAAAAGCAGAAAGAAAAAGAAGCAGAAGAAGCAGAAAGGCAAUGUUUCCAUGGAACCCCUGUAACAAUUGAGAAUUUCUUAAGUUGGAAGGCCAAGUUUGAUGCAGAACUCUUAGAAAUUAAAAGGAAAAGAAUGAAGGAAGAAGAACAAGCUGGAAAAAAUAAAUUAAGCGGAAAACAGCUGUUUGAAACAGAUCACAAUCUUGACACAUCUGAUAUCCAGUUUCUGGAAGAAGCUGGUAACAGUGUGGAAGUAGAUGAAUCUUUGUUCCAAGAAAUGGAUGACUUGGAGCUAGACGAUGAAGAGGAUGAUCCUGAUUUUAAUCCAGUUGAUUUAGACAGUGACUAGUGAUUAGACUGACUAAUGAACUGGUGGUGUCAGCAGUAUGGAGUCCCCAUCCUUAUAUCUCCACUUGCAGAGAAGCUGGAAUGUCACAGCAUCUGUGGCUUUGCUGAGUGUGUGUUGGUUUCCUUUUCUUUUUUCUAAGAAGAAAAUAAUUUUAAUUUUCAGGAGAAUAUUCUUCUGAUGACUUUCAUCAUUGUGCUUAAUAAAUUGACUUGAAAAUUUCAA